GCAUGGAGAAGAAACCAGACAAACACCAGACCACAAUAGAAAGCCCAACGGAAUUCGUCUCUAGAAGAACUCCAGUAGGCGAUACAAAAAUUCCACUGCCAAUAAUGGUCCCAAUGAUCAACGCCACGCCAUUGAGGAGGGUUGGUUUUUCUUGUUCCGGAAGUUCGUCCGCCAUUGUUUCUCAAUGUUUGACUAAGUUAAAAACAGUAGUCGCCGGCGGCGAUGUCCCCAGAUCCACAGAUCCACCGAUCUAAACGCGCAUCUGUUGUCUCAGUUCUACCUUUGACACUGUUUGCUGUUUGCCUGAAAUUCUCCGAGUCGUGUUGUGUGUGUGAAAGCGUGCCCAGCAAGCACCAAAUUUUCCAUGUUCGUGGACAGCAGGAAUUAAAAAGCCCUCGCGGUAUGGAGCAGCGCGUGUUCGAAGGUGGCAACAAGGAAAGGACCCGUCGACCUGUGCGGAAUAAACGCUACAGCAGGAAAGCAUUUGGUGUUGAUCGGCGGCCUCCAAAACGCCUCUUCACACCGGAAAUUAAACGCUUUUUAAAAGACUGGCUGGUUCGACGGAGAGAUAAUCCUUAUCCGAAUCGUGAUGAGAAGAAAACCCUUGCAGUACAAACAGGGUUAACUUACAUUCAAGUAUGCAAUUGGUUUGCAAACUGGCGUAGAAAACUAAAAAACGCUGGAAAAGAACCGCAAAGAAAAACCUGGGGACAUUUAAUAAAAACCUACAACAGUCAGGUGCAAGGUAACGUAGAACACUUUUCAAUUUGCUCAGAAGAUUCAAUCUGGCAAGAAUUAGAAGCUGGCAAAUCAGAUUCUGAUUACAACGAUGAUCUUGGCUCAGCAAUGCGGUCUUCCAACGCAACAUCGGCAACAACUGAACGUUGUGCUGUACAACCACAAUGUUUCUUUAUAAGUUCUACAACAGAAGGUGCAGAAUGCGUUGAGGACAAUCCAUUCGCACAACACAACAAAUAUAAAAGUCACAUCAUGGAGAAAUAUCUGCGUGACUGUCAAAAUCCAGCGAAUUACGAAUACAGCGAGAUCACAAAACCGUCCAUGAUCUCCCGAUGGCUGGAAAGCGCCGCCAACUUUAAACCAAGCGAAAAAAACUAUCUGUAUUUCCACGAGGUUGACGAAAAGGUUGAGGAAAAGAAAAGUAAGUGUAAGAAUCAAGCGCCACACGGCAGAGAAGAAUUAGACGCUGCUGAGGCUCUGACAACUCUCGCAUUCGCGCACAAUUUGUUAAAAUCAUAAUAUUUAUGACAUUUUUUAUGGAUAGGCAUUUUUAGGGCAUUUUUUAGACUUGUUUGUUGAUGAAUUCUAGGAAACUGAAUCAGUGUAUUAAUUGAUGAUUGAGUUUUUGUUUUCAUGUUGUGU